AUGGAGCUGCAGACGCAGCCGCGCUUCUGUCCGCCGCGCCCGCGCCCCUACGCGGCCUCUUUGGUGUGGAUGUGCCUGGCAUGCGGUCAGCUUGCCCCGUGCGAGGCAGCCUCCCGCUACCCGAUGGACAACGUCGACGGCUUGGACAACUCUCUCCAAGGAACCUCCUCUGCCAUGAACGCCAUGCCAGGUGGAUUCGACAUCGUUACGACGCUCAGCGACUGCGAAGCAGCCACCCCCGCUAACUCGAGCUCCCCUCCGAAUACGGCACAGCAUCUUUUCGGCCCCUCGCAGUGCGGUGGCGUUACUGGAUCUACCGCAGCCGCUGCAGCCUCAUCGGCGUCCUCACCAGCAACAUCAACGCCGCCGCGGCAGGAGCAACGGCACUCCUGCGUGAACAACGCAUCAGACUCGUACCUGCUUCAGGCUGCCUCGUCGAGUCAUAGACAAAGUGAGCAGCAACAGCAGCAGCGGCGGCGUCCCUCGAGCGUGAGUUGGCGUGUAACGGGUGCCACCACUGAGAUGAUUCAUCCCGAUAGUGUCGGUAGCGCUAGUGAAAGGCGAAAGUGGCGCGAAGGCGAGCUGGUCUCUUCCGAGGCCUCCAACCUGUGCGCGGGCGAAAAGGCCCUCGGAGACGACGAGACCUUGGUCUGUGAGGGCAUCUCGUCAAGCCACGGCCGACGCGCACCCACAACGGUCACCACGCCCCGCAUGCCGCAGCUCACCACGUCCCUCGGGAGUACCAGCAAUGAAAGCAGCACCCUCGCCGUCACUCCAUGUGAACCGGCUGUCGCUGCUCCCCCUCAGCUGUCGGCAGCCUCUUCGUCACUCUGGAGAGACGCUGGCGUCCAUGGCGUACAAAACCUGCUGAGCUCCGGGGCACGCUCCCGGCAGCAGGAAGACGAUGCAACGUGCUCCCUGACGGUGCUGCUCAUGGAGGAGCACCUGAUGGGCAGUCGCGAGAUGCGUUUCUGCCGUUGCUGUGGUGAGGUCCGGUGCGCCGAGAUCCGAAAGGUUGCCGAGCGGCUGCCUUCGCCGCUGUCCGCACAAGCGGCACAUAAAGUCUCGUACGCGGACGAGGAGGGAGACGAAGUGGUGGCGGCGGCUGCCCAAGCGACGGAGGAGUCGGAGCACGAGCACUGGAAGGCGGUAUUGAGGCACAGCUGCCGCAGCGCUGCCAUUCGCCGGGAUGGAGGCGCAGAAGCCGUGUACGGCCCCUUCACCUCGCCUGCUCUCUACAGCGGCAACGGGUCGCAGCCGCUAGGUUUUUCGGCCCCCGCUGCCGAAAAUGGUUGCAAGCCACCCGAGACAGCGCAGGCAGAAGCUCGCAAGGAGAUCCCCUCUGUCCACCUCGCUGUCGCCCUCUCCCUCGCGCGACUCCUGUCAAAGGCGAAGGCCAUGGCGGUGGCGGCACUUGGCAGCCUCCAUCCGCUCUCGCCGGCGCUGCCCAAGAGGUACUUCAGCAUUCAUGGCAGUGAACACGGUGACAAGGCGGCAAUACGCGGUUACGGAAACGGUGUCCUCGCCAGUGACUCAGCGCUGCGGUCGGCGCGCUCGAUCUUGCGCCCUCCACCGCGGGACCAGGAAGGGUGUCGCCCAAGCAACCCUCUGUACAACCCCAGGGAGGGGAUGGGAACGAGCAGUGACCACUGGAAGCUCCUCUCCGCUUCCACAGCGACGAGCAGGACGGCACCACUGGCGUGCGCCUCAGUGGAGGAGUGCCCGCUGCAGUGUUUGGCAUCGCUGCCCGGCGCCACCGGCGGCGGUGCAGCGGAGGACUUGGACGGCAUCUCGAUGGAAUCUAGUGCGCAGCCAAGCUGGGCCUUCACAGCACCGGACGAGGAGGAGACGUGCAGGGCUGAAGACGACGACGAGGGCUUCGUUAUCCAGCACCAGCGGGGAGGCGUGCAGAGCGACGAGGACGCCAGCGCAGGCGGCGCCGAAGACACGCAUACGUGCGUGCGAAGGCUCUACGGUGACUCUACCGUCACGUCUAACAUCAUGGGCACCACGGCGGCCGCCGCGGCGCCGAGGAUGAUGCGCGCGAGCAAAGACAAGUGGAACUCGAUUAGCGUUUCAGAGGCGCUGUGGCGUCUGGUGCUGCCGUCCUUCAGCGCCCCCUUUCUGUCGUCGACGUCAAUGCCGUCGACAGCCACCGCCGCGGCAAGAGCUACCGCUGUUGACCGCGCAUUUUCGGCCGUCGGCGGCAGACCACUUGAGUCGCUGAUGGACUGGAUUGCGUCUGCACCGCGUCGCGGGGCUGUGGAGUCGACGGCGAGCAGCGCUGUGGUUACCGGCACGCGUCCCUACCGGGGUUUUCGCGGAGAUGUCGAGGAGGCGGUCCGUCAACUGGAUGCGGCGCAGCUGGAGGUGGCGAAGCUGCGGCUGCAGCAGGUGUUGGCAGCUGUAAUGGCGGAGCAGCUGCGGCGCGAGGGCCAGUCGGAGGGAGAGUACUCAACGUAG